CCUGAGCUCCGUGAGCGUGUGUUUGAAAACACGUGACUUCUAAUAAAUACAUCCGCGAUAGAAAAGAAAGACAUUCCGUCCACUUAUUGUAUCAGUCAGAAUCCUUAUAUCUUAGAUAAAAACUGGCGUGACGCUAUGAGAAAUAAAACGUCCUUUGACUUGGUUUUUCUUAGGAAUUGGGAGGAAUUGAAUUUUAGACUUCCACAAGACCCACGAGCACGCAGCUCUGCAGGCAGAAUUCCAAACUCGUACUGGGAACAACCCACUCACGAGCCAAGACUUCUGUGUUAAAGCUCUCAUUCUCCCUCGAUUUGUGCGCUUUGUUCAAUGACAUUGUUUUGGUUCCGAUGUGACGUAAAAAUGAGUUCUUUGAAUUUUUAGCGCAGCCUGUUGGAAGGGUGUCUCCUCCCACUUGGUAUAUAUACAGUUAUAAACGGGAGAAAGUUUUCACUUUUACAUCUUAGCAUCUCUCGCCAGGAAGCAUCGUCAGUGAUACAAAAUGCCUGCAACUGUUACCUGUUGUGUUGUUUUUGCAGUUGUCUGUAUUGUCGCACUUGGUGUUCUAUUGGCAGCGAAUGCCUCCAUGAUUCAUGAAAACAACACAUACCACAUGCCUGGGUUCAGUCCAUUCGAUAAUGAAGACGAACGAAAAAAGAAGAAACCGGAAAAGUCGAAUCCUACACAAGCGACAAACCAUGUUACUCGUGUUUUCCAGUAUGAUAUGAGUAGGAGGCGUGUGGCUCUGUUACUGUGCAUCAAGAAGGACAGACCAGGAGCUGAGAAAGACCUAUUAGUAAUGAGGAGCCUGUUCAAAAUCCACAAGUUUCAAGUGACAGAAAUGAUAGACCUCAAACAGCAGGAAGUCAUUCCCAAAAUUACGGAAUUCCGAGAUGGGCUAAAUGGGAGCAGUGAAGACCUCAGCUGCUGUUGGGUUGUAAUCAUGGCUCAUGGGAGGUUUGGGAAUAUCGUUGCCGCUGAUGGAAAAUCAGUGAAGCUGGAGGACAUUUUUAAGCUUUUUAACAACCGUCAGUGUCCUGGACUGCGCCAGAAACCCAGAGCCUUCACUGUGCAAGCCUGCAGGGGAGUUUACAAGUCUUCCAUCCGUAGCCAAACAGAUGCUGCAGAUGUCAAAGUUGAAGAAGAUAAUGUGCGCAUGCCUUCAGACAGUGAUACCCUCUUUGUGUAUGCAACACCCCCAGGAAAGGUAGCCUAUCGGAACCCACACUGUGGGUCACCCCUGUUUGUAGAGAUGGAGAAAGUCUUCAUGGAGCAUGCGGCCACCUGCCACCUCUACGAGCUGUUUACGAAGGUCAACAAAAGCCUGGAUGAUGUGGAUUUGAAAGACAUCCAGGACGACAAAUCGGCCACGGUGACAGUAAACGCACCCAUCGCCAGAAGCUUGCCUUCAAAGCAAACUGAUGACAGUGUCCUGCGCUACAGACCAAAACCUCAGGGGUUACUAAAUGCGAAGAUGCCUGUGGUCACAUCCAUGGCAAGAACCAACGAACCACAAGAGGCCAAGAUGGUCGAUAGAGCUGAUGGAAGACUGACCUUGCACAUUCAGUCUACCCUGACCAAAAAGUGGUACCUGAAGUGAAUUAACCUUUACUGCUCCCAGGGAAAUUUGUCUUGCACAUCAGGAGCUUGUAACGUACAAUGUGAUGAAAUCAUGCUUUUCUGCGCUUACAUAAUGUUUGUUAUGUAUGUUGUGUAGAUUUUAAUUACUUAAUAAUUAAUAAUAAUUGCUUACGCUUAUAAAGCACUUUUCUGGACACUCCACUCAAUAAU